CCUCAUCAAACUCGGGUCACUCGCUGACGGCCAUCCUCAAGAUUCAAGAUGGGUAUCUCUCGCGAGUCCCGGCACAAACGCUCCGCCACCGGCGCCCAGCGCGCCCACUACCGCAAAAAGCGCAAGUUCGAGCUCGGUCGUCAGGCGGCGUCGACCAAGUUGGGCCCGAAGCGGGUCCACACCGUGCGCGUCCGUGGCGGGAACCUCAAGUACCGCGCGCUCCGUCUCGAGUCGGGCAACUUCGCCUGGGGCAGCGAGCAUGUGACGAAGAAGACCAGGAUCAUCGGUGUCGUCUACAACGCGUCGAACAACGAGCUUGUCAGGACCAACACACUCGUUAAGAGCGCUAUCAUCCAGGUCGAUGCCACGCCUUUCAGGCAGUGGUACGAGGCCCACUACGCUCAGCCAGUGAGCCGCAAGGGCAAGUCCACGAUCGAGACCACCGAGGAGAAGAAGCUCUCCAACCACGCUCAACGGAAACUGGACGAGAAGAAGAAGGAGGCCAAGAUUGACCCCCUCCUCGAGACCCAGUUCGGUGCCGGUCGUCUGUACGCCGUCAUCUCCAGCCGUCCCGGUCAGUCCGGCCGUGCCGAUGGAUACAUCCUUGAGGGCAAGGAGCUCGAGUUCUACCUCAGGAAGAUCCGGACAGGCAAGCAGAAGCACGCACAGUAAACCGGUGCACAUGUCCGUUGUUCCCGAUCGGUUCUGCGUCUGUUUGUUUGGCCGCGCGGCGGUGGCGGUGGGCGAUAGCGAUGGGGCCGGGGGAUGAAAAACUUUCGUAUGAGAUGGCCCGUAUGCCAGCAACUGUGUAUCGCGAUAUAUGCGCAUGCUUUCCCAUGUCCUCUCCGAAGCUCGCGCAGAUGCGGUGCGCGGUGAGUUGUUUGGUGAAUGUGAGACGCUAGCGACGGGCUGGAUCUGACCGCA